AUGGCAUUAACCGCAUCCAUGACCCGCUCGCGUCGGUCGGAAGGUCUCGCACUGCCAACGCCCAAGGUCGCAAACGGCACCGGCGCGUUGGGCAGCGCGAAAACCCCCUAUAUCGCACCGCCGCCACCCCGCCCGAGCAACCCGAGGAAGCGCCAGCUCGACCCGUCGUCGGCCGAACGCGACCAACGCGACACCCACGACGACACCGGCAAUCGCUCGGCCCCGGCCAAAAAGGCCCGCACCUCGCGAUUGACUAGCGAAAUUUCCGUCGAGAUUCCGGCCAAGUUGUCGUCCGCCCACGGCCGUUCGCUCCGAGACCACGUCGUCAACAACAAUGCCGCUGCGACCGACGCGACGUCGAAGUAUAGGCCCACUACAACCACUGCCGUUGAGCCCCCGAAACCCGCUGGAGCAGCUCCUAAAAAUGCCCGCGCCCCUCCAUCCACCAGCGCUGCCAACGCCCCCAAAGCUGCCCACGCGAGCACACAACAACAACAACCACAGCAAGAAAAGGUUCCAAAAUACAAGACGAAGGUGGUCAAUGGGUUGAAGCACGAGCUAGACAGACUGCAGCCCAGCACGAGCGACGCAACUGUCGCUAGUUCCAGCACUCAAGACCAAGGCCGCAAGCUCAGAUCACAGGAGGCGACUCGCUUCAAGAGCGAGCUGUCGGCGUAUUUCCCCGAGUACGAUGAGGUCAUUGGCAAUGACCCAAUGCAAACGCAUCUCCUCGAUGUCGACACACCCAUCGUGAUCAUUCCCGAAACACAACCACAACAAACAUCAACACAACCCCACCAAGAUCCUCCACAGCCCACCGAAUACCCCAUUCACAGCUAUGGGGAUGAGCUCUACACGAACCUACAUGAUGCACAACGCAUCGACUUUUCCUUCCUGACUAAAUCUCCGGGAGGAACAGGAACCAACGACUGGACGAGCCAUAACAAUGCAUCGAGCACGGGUGCCAACGCCAACGCCGCAGCCGAGGCGGAAGAGGCCGACCCGCUUCCCGACAGCCUCUUCGCGCCAGCCCACAAAAAGGCCGAGCGCAUGGAGCGAUCGAUCCGGAACACGGAGAAAGGCCGGGCACAGCACGAGAAAGACCAAAUCAUACGUCUGCUAGACGGACUGCAGGGACACGACUGGCUACGUGUGAUGGGCGUCAGCGGCGUGACCGAGACCAAGAAACGGUCAUUUGAGCCGGCACGGGAUUACUUUAUCCGCGGGUGCGAGAGUAUCCUCGACAAGUUCCGCCGAUGGGCCAAGGAGGAGAAGAGGAGGAAGGCCGAGACGCUUAAGCGCCGAAGACGCGACAGGAGUAGUGGCGGUGGGGAUGAAGAGGAGACCAGAGGCCGGGAAGGAAGUGAAGUUAGUGAGGCCACUUCGAGGCACAGGAGUCAGAGUUCUAGGAGCCGAAGCGCCCGGAGUCGGAGUGUCCGUAGUCAGACGGCCGAUAGCUAUGACGAGGGCCGCUACGAUGAGGAUGAAGACGAGCCGCACGAUGAAAACGACGUGGAAGCAUCAGCCGCCAAACAACUUAGGGAGGAGGCGCUGGCUGCCGUGGCGAAGAAACGAGGAGGCAGAGGGACGAAGACAACCGCCUCCAGCAGCAAACCCGCGGGCGCAACCAAAAAACGCGCUCCAACACGCAGAAAACCCACCGCCACCGCCAACAAGAAAACAUCAAAAUCAACCUCAUCCGCAGUACACGAUGCCCCUGACACCGACCCACACGAUCACGAACCCCUGCCCGAGCUUCCCGCGAAAGAGUUCACCUCAUUUUUCGCCAAGAAGUACCAGCGCGACGCCGCGCUCAACAAGGGGCGCCGGCGCGGCGGGCGCAACGUGCUGGCGUGGGGCCACCCGGUGCCGGACAUGGAAGAGGCAGAGUUCCAGUUACCCAGUGAGUUGCUGGACCAGGAAACGUUGAGUAUGCAUGCGAGGCGGAGGAGGCGGGAUAAGAGGAGGAAGACGUAA